UAUAAUUUGCGUGAAAGUGGAUACGUUCUCUUCGGGUUUGGGGCGGUUGAGCCGGGUUGGACUUACCCGGAUCUACCCGCUACCGUUCUGACUCGAGCCGGACCGUUUUUCACAAAAUGAAGCAAGCCCAUAUUUGCAGACCAUUUUUCAAACAAGAGUAAGAACAAAAACCCUUGUUCACCGCCGGCAGUCCUUCCGCCCUAGUUAUGCCGCUGAAAUAAUUUUGUCCUGUGGCCUGCGGGAGUGAUUGAUGAAUGUGAAUGCGUUGAUUGAUGUGGUUUGUGAAGCGAUUGAUGUCGUUUGCCUAAUGUUAGUGUAGAACCAUUGCAGCUGAAUCCUUUUUGCGCCAUGAAGAUGUUCUUUUUAUUGGAUCAGCGGAGGCAUUGUUUUUAUUCCAGAAGUCCUUAUAAAAGUGUGAAAAUAAAUUUCUGCGCAAUGACUUUAGUUUAUGUUGGCCUAACAUUGAUUCUUGAUUGGUUGAUUUUAUGGGUUCGACAACCGUUGGGCUUACUGGAACUUUUAAAAGUAUAUCAGAUUUCAUGUGUGAAGAGAAAUGCCCCACAGAACACGACCUAUGACCGCCCUCUUGCUUUUCACGGGGCUAAAUGCUGUUUUGAUGUCAACAAUAACCCCUGUCUAUGAUUUUGUCUGCUUCCUCCCAUACUGGGAAAGAAGGAGAGAGCGCCGGCGCCAGGAACGUGAAGCUGCAUCUACCAAAGGUUUUGGAUCAUCAUAAUAUCAGAAUAUCAGAAACUCAUAAUCAUUUCUUGGGCUUUGCUCCAAAUCUUAAUUAUAGCUCGAUUAUGUACCUGAAGGUGAGGAACAUCAUUAAAAACAAAAGAAGUCCUCCGAGUGUCAAUUGUUUUAGAGAAAUUAGCAUGCUUGUCAAUGUAUUGUAGGAGAUGGCUGUAAAUGUAUUAUUUGUAAAUUACUUUCUUCUGACAAGAGUGGAAUGCAGAUUAUCAGUGCAGCUUCAUAAGAAGCUUAUCAUUAAUUUUGUUGAGAAUUUUGAGUGACUUGUGAGCACUUCUAGAAUGAUUUAUGGCUGAAUACUUUCUCCAUGGUCUUUUGUCUC